AUGGAAAUGUUCUCGCCAAAAGAAAAGUUUCCCUCUAGUUAUCAACAUCUAGCCCUGUACACAGGUAAUAUUGUGAAAAGUGUGAUUGGGCGUAACUCUGUAUUUGAUAAAAAAACAAACAUGGAGAUUUUGGACGCAAUCAACGAUACCUUGGAUUAUGGUGAUAGGUUGAACUAUCGUUAUUACAAGGACACAAAGUUAGUGGAGAUACCAGAUCUUAGGUCCAGCAGUAGAAUUGAUCCAAAGGAUAGAGAUCAUGUAGAAAUUACGGCCAAAUUAUUUUAUCUUGACUCUGUGGGACAGGAAACCUAUGCGGACGAAGCGUGGGAUCAUCUUAUUAAGCUACUUGACAUUAAGCAUAUCGAUACAUUAAUUACAUCUAAUAACAGGUAUUGGAAGUCUUUGGAGAAUCUUGUAAAUUUGGGCAAAGUGCAAAAUUUGGGUGUAACCGACCUGAGCCGCCAUGAUCUAGAAGACUUUUUAAACCAAGUUGAAAUUAAACCAAAGAUCAAUCACAUCCAUGUAGGAGAAUGUUGUCACAUGCCUUUAGAUUUGAUCCAACUGGCAAAAGACAAACAUAUUGAGUUACUGCAUAAUGGAGACUGCACUACCAUUUUAAAGACGUGUGAAUUGACACAUUUGUUGCAGAAGUAUGACUUGGUACGGGAUGAAGUAUUUAUCCCUCGUUGGGUAUUGAAGUACACAGUGUUCAUAAGAUCACGUAAUAUUGUCACUGAUAAGGGGUAA